AUGUCUGCUGUUAUAUUACCAGAACUCUGUCUUAUAAAAAUAUUUGAAGAAUUAAAAAAUAAUUUCGUUUCUUUAUAUUCCUGUGUUCUUGUCAAUCGACACUGGUGUACUUUGGCUUUACCAGAAUUAUGGAAGAAUCCUUUUGAUGUCAUCAACGAUUCGAACCUUAAAGGGGUUAUAAAGGCAAACAUUCGUCUAUUAAACACUUAUAUCUCCUGUUUAUCUGAAGAUACUAGAAAAAACUUUGGAUUAAAAUCAUUCACCAAAUCUCCCUUAUUUGACUAUGGAAUUUAUUUGCAAUAUUUACAUUUGAAAAUCAUUCAUAAAAGUAUAUAUAUUUGGCUUAACUUUGGUGAUCCGGUAGUAUUUAAACUAAAAUCAACGACAAAGAAAAGAAAAGUGUCGAUUGAUGAUGAACAAAUUCUCAAAGCUUUAUGUGAAUAUUUCGUUAAUCGUUCAACGCGUAUCAAGGGGGUUGAUUUGUCCUACGGUACUUAUUUAAAUGUCUUUGAUCUUCCAAAUGCCGACUUGAACUUAUUACGACUUCAAAACUUCAAGUUUGGAAUGCAAUGUAAUAGUGGCGCAGUCUCUUCGGCAGCAAAAAUCACAAAAAAUAUCAGCACAUUAGAUAUAAAUUUAAUAGAUGCUGCUCCUUACCCGAAGUUAAUUACAAGUUUAAAUGAUAUAGUAAGAUUAAUCAAGUCUCAAAAAAACUUGAAGCAAAUUACGCUGUGCUGUUCGGUUUCGGAUUUUUCUGAAAUCAUAAAUAGUCUCUCUAUUCAUUAUGAAACCUUAACUCACAUUAAUCUUCAUCAUAUCAAUUUCGAAUAUGAUUUUCCUCUUGCUGAAUUUGCCGAAUAUUUAAACUUGAAUUACUUGGAAAUAGAUAAUUGCAAAUUUAUUAGAGGAAAAAUGACAAAGCAAGAUUUAAAACCGUUUCAAAAGCUCCAUUCAAUAUUGAUCAAGAAUACGAAUUUACCUUUUGAAAUCUUGGAGUACCUAUUUUGUCAAGCUAAUAAUUCUCUUCAAGUAUUGGAAUUAUCAGCAAACUCCACUGAUUUCGAUAGGCUUGAAAAUAUUUGUCUCAAAUUUUGUCCGAACAUUAAGAAAUUUAUAACAACAAAACAAUCUUCAUAUGAUCACAUAAUCUCUAUGGUAAAUGCUUGCAAGAAUCUUGAAGAGAUUUAUAUCUAUGAAGAUCAAGAAGAUUGGCAUGAGGGAAUGUUCAAUUUGCAUUUGAGUUGUAAUUCAGCCGACGCCAAUAAAUUCCUGAGAGCUCUCGGAAAAAUCUUGCCAAGUUCAGUACAUACCAUUAAAUACUCAUUGGAUUGGCCUUUUGAUCCAAAAUCUCUCGAAAUAUUUCUUGACCAUUUCCAACCUAGAAAGUUUAUGUUACUAGAGUUUCAUGACUGUUCGUUUUUUUCGGAUAAACAUUUAAAUGUGAUAAUCAAGGUUUGUGGCAAAACGUUAAAGAAAUUACACAUUGAUGGGAUGCAUAAUUUGCAUCACAUAUACGUCCUUGAAAGGAGACAUCAAUUUCUUGGAGAACUUUACGUAGAAGAAGUUAAGUAUAAAAGAUGGUUCGUUGAUUCUCAAUGUUUAUCAGUAGUUCAUUAUUAA